AUGUCGGAGUUUCCUGGUGUCACACCAGGAAAAUACUCGGUGUAUGGAGUUUGGGAUGGCUUUCGCAAAAAUUGUACUAAACUGACUAGAGCUGCUAGGAAAGGAGAUAUAGAUGCCUUAGAAUUGAGCCUACAGAAUGGUGCAGACAUUGAUUAUCAAGAUGUUGAUGGACAGACAGCAUUAAUGUGGGCUGCCAAUGGAGGACACCUGGAGAUCUGUAGACUCCUCAUUGAUAGAGGAUGUAAGAUCAACAUCACAGAAACAGAGUAUAGUGGAGAGACAGCAUUAAUCUGGGCUGUCGUGAGAGGACACCUGGAUAUCUGUAGACUCCUCAUUGAUAGAGGAUGUAAGAUCGACACCACAACAAGAGAUGGAUACACAGCUUUACAUUGGGCUGCUAGGAAGGGAUAUCUACAGAUCACAAGAUGUCUGGUAGAACAAGGAGGUGCAAGUCCCUUGGUUACAACACAUAAGUCGCCAGCUGGGCGACCAUGA